CGAUGAUCUUAAAGGUCUUUUCCAACCAAAGUGAUUUGGUCCCUCACGGCAGCGGGGAGGGAGUUGGGCUGGGAGCGGUGCCGGCAGUGCCCGGGCUUGCCUUACGGCUGACACUGAGGCGGGCGGGGAGGGCAAACCCCUGGAGAUAAAUACUGGAGUAUUUCUAAAAGGCAUUAAUUUUCGGUUAGCGUUUUUCCUCAGAUUUUCAAAUAGUGUUGUACAUAAGGCAUGCUAGAUGUUGUGCCCUUUUUUUUUUAAAUUUUAUUUUCUGUUUCUUUCAAGUCUUUAAAUUGAGUAAUUGUCCUUGAGGGUGGUUAGAGAAAGGUUUUAUCCGUUUGCUGCCUUUGCAAAAACUGCCUCUGUUGAAAGUGUCCUCUUGCCUAGAUCCGCAGCUGGGAGCGAGCUGUUUGUGCUGUGUGUUAGUAACUUCAAGCCCUUUGGGAGUGGGAAAUUCCCAAAGUCAGUCAGUGUGGAGGAGGAAGGGAAAGAAACAUAGGUUGUUAAUCCAGGGUUAAAAUAAAAACCUGCCUUUCCUCUCACUUCUUAUCUUAAAAAGUGCAGAGACCUCACACAUACAGAACAGCACAUUUAUUGUUUCCUCACACGUACAGAAGGACAGUGUGUUUGCUGUGUGGAGUCUGCAAUACUGGGGCCAUUCCCUCAGGCAGGUGGUGGCUGAUCUGCAGGUGUGGUCCUUAGCCCAGAAGCCAAGUCUGAUGUUUGUAGAUGCUGUGAUGCUGUUUUGGUUACUAACCGAUCAUUUAAGAUGUCACGGCUGCCAGAACUGAGGAGGAAAAUGCAGAUAACUCUUAAUCCUUAAGCAAUCCCUGGCUGUCCUUCCAGCAUGUUGCAAGCACCUCAGUCUAGCUCCUUGUCCCAUACUUACUUGUGAGGACUCGGCAGCAGUGUGAAUCAGAAUUUCCUGUAAAGAAUUCCCUCUGUAAAAUUGUCUCCACAUAAACAUUUUAAGUUCCUUAGACAUGCUGUUCUCCUGUCUUGAAGUGAUGUUUCUUUAUUUGCUUCUGCCACGAGUUUAGUACUGGGUAGAAUAGUACAUAAAUGUCAAAUAAUGCAUUGCUGACAGAGGACAGCCUAUGAACGUUGGCAUGUUGGCAGUUCCCUAAACACUGGUGACAGUCCUCAGUUCUGUGCAACAUCCACACUGCUGGCAUCAAGAACAGGAAUGUGGAAGCUGGAACGAUUCUGAUUCUUUGGUGCUUGAUGAAUAUCAAUGUAGACAUUUAGACCAAUGGCUGGAGAGCUCUUCAACACCAGAAGAUUCUAGCCCUCUUUCUAGUUGCCUUGACUGGGAAGGCAGAAUUGAAGAAGGCAAAACAAUGAGGACAUCAAAUAAAAAAAAGACGAAUUCUGUUUCGAGUGAUUCUGCUAAUCCAGCUGAAAGGGAAACAGAUGAAGUGGUUCUGAGGAGAAGACAAAAACAGAUCAAUUUUGGAAAGAAUACUCUUGCAUAUGACAGAUACAUUAAAGAAGUUCCAAAGAAUCAGCGAAUACCAGGAGUUCAUCCUAGAACUCCCAACAAAUUUAAGAAGUACAGCCGUAGAUCCUGGGACCAGCAGAUCAGGCUGUGGAAGAUAGCACUGCAUGCCUGGGAUCCUCCUACUGAAGAAACCUGGGAUCUGCAGCCAGUUAGUACAGAACCCUCAGGCAGUUCCCAGGAAUGGUUCUGCAAAGAUCAGGAUGUUUCUAGCUCCCUUGUAUUUGACGAAAAGCAGAAGAAAAAUGAGUGUGAAGAUGAAUGCAGACAGACUGACUACACACCAGAGAGUUCCUGUUCUCCUGAUUCUUCUCCAGUAUGGAAACGCAGAAAAAGAAACAAUUCUGACUCCUCUGUGGUUUCAAAGAGCAAAAACCAUUAUGUGCAUAUGUACCACACACUGGAAAGUCUUACUGAAUCAGGCCAUCAAGAGGCUUUUUCAAAGUGCUCAGAGUGGGAAGCCUUUGGUGAAAAUGAUGAAGUAAUGACAGCGCAACAUGGAAUAGAAAUAACAAGUUAUUUGUUUUUAUGCAGUGACCCAAUUCCAGCCAGUUGUUCUUCAGGAUGGAAAGAUCAGAAACAGAAAAAAACCAAGUCCUAUCUGCCUGACAGCAAAACUUGCAGAGAUACAGACUGCAGGCUGGAGAGGCUUAAACUGUGUAGUGGUCUAUUGGAAGGGCAUCAGCCAGAAUACCCUGAAAGGGAAUGGGGAAGUGCAAGUGUUGAAGAUAGAAUAAUGAGGAAGAAAAUUUAAAUACCAAGUCUCUCUUUGUAUAUAGAAGUAUCAAAGAAGAAGGACUUUCUCCUGUGACAGAAAAUGAUUUGAAGAAUAGGGACAUAGACUGAGAUCACCCUUGGAAAACUGGUGCAGUCGCAUAAGAUCUGCACUGAAAGUGGGAGAGAUUUACAGUCAGCAUAUGUGCAAUCAACAUAAGGUGAAACAUGCAGGUUUCUUCAGAUCUUUAAGGUUAGGCUGUUUUCUGCAAGCUCUGCCUCAAGUGUAAAACUUCAGAUUUCAUUAAGUCUGUGCUGCGAUGAUGACGGAUGCUCCUUAAAGCUUUUGUGAGAAUGUUUCUGCUUUACCUGCGUUCGCAGAUGCCAUGUGCAUCAUACUGUAAAGGCUACUUCAGUUGAUGGAUCCUGCUGUUGCCAUUUGGAGAUCACACUACUUAGAGUGCGCUAAUGUGCUGGUGAAUUGGUCCAAUGUUGAGUCAGACUGAAGAAUGCCACCCCUUAAACCAAGGCGUUAAACCCUGUUUCCUCUACUGGACCAGAAUCAUACAUCCAACCUGAAGAACUGCUUCAAAAUAAUGUAGAUAAUUCCAACCUUUCUCCAGUUGUUAAAGACAAACUGUUCUUAGCUUUUGAAGUGGGUGAUGAUCCAUUUGGCUUAUUCACCGUUCUCUGAGAUACAUUAAGCUAGCAUUUGCUUAAGCCUAGUGAGAGAAGAGAAAGGCAGGUGGUUUAUCACCAUCAGCUCCCUCUGUUUAUGGGGAUGAGUGACUGUUCAAACAGCAACACAGCCUAAAUACCUGGAUUUUACUUUUAUGUAUGUUGCAGCCUGACCCAAAGAGCCAAUCUACUGCUGAGAGUAUAAGAGGAUGAGUUCAGUGCCUGCUGUUCCUACAGGAAUUGGAGGUGAGCAGCAGUAUUUGCAGGUUUGGAGCUGCUCAUGGGUAUGUGGUGUCCAGGCUAAGGAUUGUCACGGUGUUGAGAUCAGCUUUCCUUUGUUUUGCUCUCUAGCACUGUGCUCAGAAGGUCAAAGUGAGGGCUGCGGCUGCAGUGGAGUUUAGACCAGAUUCAUGUGCCAGUUAGAAGUUUUGGGGUGGUUUUUUACAGUCCUUGUGGCAUUUUAUGUAGCAUGUAACUGGGAUCUGAAUGUCUGUUAGUGCUGGGAAUUCUCUCUGUGGUAGUUGAGCCUGGCUCUUGGCAAGGCCACAGCAGAACUGUGGCAAUGCUAGGGAUGACACCUGGCAGCCUUGCUGUGGGGCUGGCAGUGCACCCGCAGGGCCAAAAGCCCAUUGUGCUGCUGAAGUGGAAGGAAGCUCCUUCCCAAAAACUGCUCCCAGUCCCUUCAAAAGGUUAUUUCCAGGCAUGCUCAGGCAUGGGGUUAGGUUCUGUCCCAGCACAAGGGUGGCUCAGUCACACACCACAGAGCAUGGGGUGUGUGCAUACACGGAACACGUCUGUACAGGACUCUUUUUAAGAAGUAAUAUUUAGAACCUCGUUGUUCCAGUGUGCAUGCUUCCAUGUGACUUACGAUGAAUGUAAAUAAGGGAAUGUGUUACAUUUUCGGCAUUUUGUCUUCAUGCAAAAGAAUAAAGACUUUAAAAAUCCCUGUUAGUCUGCUUUUGCUGUUGUCAGUUUCAUCAUAAAAGGAAUAUGUGGGUUCAGUAGUCCUUUUUUUCGUUCAUUUUAAGGUGCUUUGUUAAUUUUCAGGGGGGAGGGUGUUAUGCCUUGCUAAAAGGAUGAAGGCCUCUUUGGAGAUUAAAUCGAACUCUUGUAGAGAGUUUACAGUAUAGCUUGGGUCAUGUCCAACUCCUCAGUUUGCGUUUUGUCAUCUUGUGAGUUUGUAUUUAGUGCAUUGUAACCUAGUGGAAGGGAGCAGCUGAGGCCAUUCUGCCACGAGAAGGGCUUCCUCCUGGAGAGGGCGGAGCUGUUAGGUGAGAGUUAAUAAGCUAUCAUUAAAUAUGUGAGCUCAGCUGUCAGAGCGCCUAAGCUUUUGCCUAUGAUGGAUAGGGCCUGCAAUGGAUUUAUGGGCACAAAUCCAUAGGAUUUGUAAUUCAGCAACCCUUAAAAGAUCCUGUAUUUCUCGGUGUUAGAUACUUGGACUAGAAGUACAAUAACCAAUCCGCCCAUGGCAGUUAAAUUUGGGGUGGUUUUAUUCCCCAAUCCAGGUUCUGUAUGCUUGAGCAAGCUAUGCUAGCACAAGGAAAGGAAUGAUACUGAGCAGAUGAGGUUUGGGGUCUGCUAAACUUACUUCAUGCAGCGCUGCCACUGGAUGUAGAACCAUUGCAAUGUCUUUUAAUGAGUAACAGUACCCUCAUCAGUCUAAACAGAGCAGUUAAAACUGGAAUGCAAUCCCUCCGUUCAGUUGUUUAUCUAUCCAAGGCUAUUUGACAUAAGAGUUUACAGCUGAGGUAAGCAAAGCUGAAGUCUGGCACUCCACCCCCAGUUUGUAUUUGAUAGCCUUCCAUUAAUGUUACCUAUUUUACUUAAAUCCAGUUUGCAUAAAUCUGUGCUCAGUUCAUAAUUAAGCCAAAACAAACUCUGAACUUCACCAGCCAGGUUUAAAUUUCUUCUAAGAAGUGACAUGUAUCUUCUGUUGGCAUGCUUCCACUGGGGGGAUCUCCUUACAGGUGAUACAUUAUCUGUGCUUGUAGAAACAGUCCUUCGCUAGCAGUUCUGAAAUACCAUUGGUUAUCUGUACUUUGUUUUUAAAACGGCUGCUUUGAGGUCACAGUGGUGAGGAUUUCUUCUCCUCCCCUUAAAAUUCCCACUGGGGUGUGAAAGUGCUUUUCUGAAGGAUUUUCUUUGCUGACAAGGACAGAAAGAUGCAAGGCAGCUGUAAUCCCUCAGCUGUGUUAUGGCAGAUAGUUCUGCUUGAUAAACUGAAUUUAACUUGUACGUGGUGUUAUGCUAAAAGUACUGUGUGACUUCCAGGCUGGAGCCGUUCUCCAUCUGGCUCGCUUGGAUGCGUUCAGGUAAACAUGCUGUUCAAGUCCUCUUAUCUCAGAGCAAGGCUGGAGGAAAUGGAGGUUUUUUUGUAUGUGUUUUGAACCUAGGCUGAACUUCAAGUGUGUCCUUGGUUCAGGAAUGCAGCUCUGUUUUCCAUAGUAGUGUGUGGGAAAGGAGAGGUGCUAGCAUAGCAAACCUUCCCGCAGGAGCACGGCUGCUUUUGCAGAUGCCACACACAAGAUGCGUGCGUUUGCACUAUUUUUAUUUACAAGGCAAAGGGAAAGGAACUCCCAUGGUUCCCUUACAAGGUAAGGCUUCCCUUACACUGUACUAUUGUCAGAUCUUAGUCUUUCACUGAGCAUAGAGCCAGCCUGACUGUUGCCAACCAAAGGCAGGCAUUUUGGAGACGUCCUGCGACAGAGAUCUCUGAGGAGAAAAGCACAGGACCUGUGUACAACCUCUGAGGAAAAACCAUUGAGCUGAUGGAAAGCAAACACAGUUCUCCUUUACCUCUUCUCAAAGUACUACUGAUUUCAGCCAGGAGCACUAGGUAUGUAGACAUUCCACCCAGAAAGCAUUAUUAAACAGUUAAAAUGCCAUUUCCAAAUACAUACUUAGCAGGUGUCUUUGAGACGGGUACAUAUAAUGAAAACACAGAUGCAAUUUGUAGAAGUGAAACAUUUUAAUUCAGUGCAUUUGCAAAUGGGGGGGGAAAGAAAAGGUAAAACCAUUGAAAAGUUGAGCAAAAUAAUGCAAAAAAAAAAAAUCAAUAGAAAACCAGCCAGCUGCUGAGGUUUCAAACUCUGUAAUUUCUAAAAGCCCUUGCAAAUUACUGCCUGGAGACUCUUGGUCUGGCCUGGUGCAGCUCCUGAGGCAGGCUGGCAGCGAGCAGUCGCCUUUCCGCUUCUGAAGCUGUUCGUUUCGCUGGGAAGUUCGUGUGUCUGCAUGUGUUCAUCCACUUGUCUGUCACAGCUUUGCAAAAAAAAAAAUCAGCCAAGUGGUUGAAUAGUAUUUGUGCCUUUUAGGGAAAAAUAAGCGUGCAGUUCUCCCACUUUUAACAAGGCUGUGCAACGAGCUUUGCAGAUUGGCCAUGAAGAGGACCUUCAACACAUCUGAGCAAUCCUGAGCUUCGCUGAGCAGGUGCUUUCCCUUGGCCUUCAAGACCAUAUCUACAAUCCUGUAGUGAUCUCUGGUAGAAGAGAACUCGGCAGUUUUUACUGUGCUGAUCUGGGACCCUUAUCUGACCUCUACCUUCUUACCCUUGCUCUCCUGCCCAGAGUUAAAAGCAGCUGUACUGUACAAUUUUGCACCGCCUUGAAGAAAGCCCCUUUUUCUAUCUGCAAACUAAAAAAGGGGUAAGAAGGGCUGCCUGGUUAUUUACCAGACUUCAGCUGGGUUGUUCCUGUAGGCCAUUCUGCUCAAUUCUCCAAAAAGGAUUAACCAGGAAACAGGAAGAAAUAAAUGUGUUCUUAGAACUACUCACAAUUUGAAUCUAGAGACCUAGAAUUAAUGGGAGCAUGUGGUGAAGAGGAAGAAGGGCUUAAGGUAUGUGUUGCAUGGAGCAGGUGCUGCUUCUCUGAUGACUGUCUUGAUUACUUUAAAUAAUAAUGGAUCCAAAGCAGCAUACUUCUUUCAGCUGCAAUUAUGCUGUUUGGACAAUUCUGUCUUCCUAGCACACGAAGGCUGCCACCCACUGUGCCUGGUGACUGUGUCCUUUCUACUCAACUGGUGGAUAACAAGAGCUCCAGGUCUACGUAAAUAAUGAUUGGAAACAAGUUGGAGUAGCAGAGGCAAGGAAGACAUGAAUAGUGAAAAGCAGUUAAUUGUAUGCUGCAGGCAGUAACCAAAUGCCAGUGCUGGAGGAGGCCAGCUGGGCCAGCGCAACAGAUCACUCUGUUCCUGACACGCAGGGUAUUGAAAACAGACCGACUCCUGUAGAGCUGCAUCAGAAUAUGCAAAGGCUGCAUCUGAACAAGCAGAAAUGCAAUAUGUAAUUAAAGAAGAAAACGAACUCGGUUCUACAACAGGAGAAACAUCCCGUUCUCACUGCUACCCUGUCACAUUUUGAAUAUCAAACCUGCAGAGAUCCGGAGGUUACGUUACAUUCCCCAAAGAAUCUAAUGCCUUUUUAAAUAUGAACGCUCGCUUGCUUG